AUGACUCUGGGAAUCUUUGCAAAUUGUUACUUUUAUUUGAAAGUCAAGUACUUACUUCAUCAGCAGAAGAAAAAACUACAAACUGACAUUAAGGAAAAUGGUGGACAUUUUUCCUUUACAUUAAAUCCCCAGUGCACACAUAUAGUCUUGGACAAUGCUUAUGUUCUGAGUCAGCAUCUAACGAAAUCUAUCCAAGAGAACCAUAUCCAUAUUGUAAACCCAGAUUUUAUAUGGGACUCUAUCAAAGAAAGGAGACUCUUGGAUGUAAAGAAUUAUAAUCCUAGUAAGUCACUGGACAUCAUACUACCUCUUGGUCAAAAAGAAAACAGUUCUGAACUGGAAACUGAUGCUUCAUCCCUGGACAAUUGCACAGAGAAGGAAAACAUUGUGGAACUCACCAAGUUUUAUACAGAGAAUGGUGAAGUUCUUCAUUUUCCUCAAGAAUUUGAAGUUGCAAAAUAUAACACCUUGGAAAAAAUUGGGACAGAGGGCAGGAAGGAAAUUGUAGUGGUGGAACUGAAGUGCUUCCAGAAACACUGGGACUGUCCUUUUCUAAUAACCGCAUGCUUCCUCCUGGCCAAUAGCAUUGAGACUACAAGAGAGUCCUUUGGAAAGAAAACUUCUGCAGAUGCAAGUGAGUAUUAUGAAAAUUAUAUCGAAGAGCUGAAGAAACAAGGAUUUCUGCUAAGAGAAAAUUUUACACCUGAAGCAACCCAAUUGGCAUCUGAAAAAUUGCAAGCAUUGCUUUUGGAGGAAGACAUAAAUUCAAAUAUUCUUAGCCAAGAGGUGAGUGAUUUGGUGGAGAUGAUUUGGGCAGAAGCUCUCGGCCAUCUGAAGCACACACUUCUCAAGCCAGUGGACAAAAUUAGUCUUAAUGAUGUCAGCAAGGCAGAGGGCAUUCUUCUUCUAGUAAAGGAAGCACUGAAAAAUGGAGAAACAGUAGAACAAUUGCAAAGGAUGAUGAAUGAAUUCUACACAUUAAUACCUCACAAAGAUACAACAACUAAAGAAGUUAACCUAAGACUAUUGCUAUCUAAGAAAGAAGACCUCUGCCAGCUAAUAAGAGACAUGGUGAAUGUCUGUGAAAGUAAUUUUUUCAAACCUAAUCCGCCAUCUCUUGCCAAAUACCGAGCUUUGAGAUGCAAAAUAGAAUAUGUUGAACAGAACACUGAAGAAUUUUUCAAUGUUAAAAAAGAGAUAGUGCAGAAUAAUCACAGUAGAAGUCCAGUGGACAUCUUGCAGAUAUAUAGAGUUGGCAGAGUGAAUGAAACCACAGAAUUUUUGAGCAAACUUGGCAACGUGAAGUCCUUGUUGCAUGGCUCUCCUGUACGAAACAUUGUAGGAAUUCUAUCCCGAGGUCUGCUUUUACCCAAAGUGGUUGAAGAUCAUGGCAUAAAGAGAACAGAUGUUGGCAAUCUUGGGAGUGGGAUAUAUUUCAGUGAUUCACUCAGAACAAGCAUUAAAUAUUCACCCUCAGGGGAGACAGAUGGCACUAGAUUCCUGGUCAUUUGUGAUGUGGCCCUUGGGAAGUGUAUGGACUUGUGCAAGAGAGAUUUUUCAUUAACAGAAGCCCCACCAGGUUACGACAGUGUCCAUGGAGUCUCACAAACUGCAACUUUUGUCACAGACUUUGAGGAUGAUGAAUUUGUUGUGUAUAACACCAAUCAGAUUAAACUGAAGUACAUUAUUAAAUUUUGCCUUCCUGGAGAUCAGAUAAAGAACUUUCAUCCUUGUGGUAAUACUGAAUUGGAGGAAUACAUACCUGCGUCUUCAAAUUUUUCAAAGGUUGAAGAUUACCAGUUACCAGAUUCCAAACAUUUCAGCAACAUCAAAGCUGGUCUUCAGGAUACCUCUGGGAAUUUAGUUCCUCUUGAGGAUGUUCACAUCAAGGGGAGAAUAAUAGACGUUGUAGCCCAGGUCAUCGUGUUUCAAACAUACACAAAUCAAAGUCAUGUACCCAUUGAGGCAAAAUAUAUCUUUCCUCUGGAUGAUAAGGCUGCUGUGUGUGGCUUUGAAGCUUUCAUCAAUGACAAGCAUAUAGUAGGACAGGUUAAAGAGAAGGAAGAAGCCCAUCGAGAAUACCGGGAAGCCAUUAGUCAAGGCCAUGGUGCUUACUUGAUGGAUCAGGAUGCACCGGAUGUUUUUACUGUAAGUGUUGGGAACUUGCCCCAUAAGGCCAAAGUUCUUAUCAAAAUUACCUAUAUCACGGAACUCAGCAUCCAAGGCACUGCUGCUGUCUUCUGCAUGCCUGCCACUGUGGCACCCUGGCAACAGGACAAAGUUUUGAAUGAAAAUAUUCAGGAUAGCGUGGAGAAGAUUUGCAUAGAGAAAAUAGGGACAAAACAAAGCUUCUCUUUAAGUGUGUAUAUUGAGAUGCCAUACGUGAUUGAAUUCAUUUCUAGUGAUACACAUAAACUGAAACAAAAGCGCACAGACUGCAAAGCUGUAAUUAGCACUGUGGAAGGUAGCUCUUUAGACAGCAGCGGAUUUUCUCUCCACAUCGGUUUGUCUGAUGCCUUUCUCCCAAGAAUGUGGGUUGAAAAACAUCCUGAGAAGGAAAGUGAGGCUUGCAUGCUUGUCUUUCAACCAAAUUUCAAUGUCACCCUCUCUGAAACAGCAGAGAAGAGUGAAGUGAUUAUUUGUCUUGAUUGUUCCAGUUCUAUGGAGGGUGAGGCGUUCUCCCAAGCCAAGCAAAUUGCUUUGUAUGCAUUGUCCCUGGUAGAUAAAAAGCAAAAAUUAAAUAUUGUCAAGUUUGGCACAGGUUACAAAGAAUUAUUUUCAUACCCUAAGUAUAUCACAAGGAAUGAUAUGCCAAGAGAGUUCAUUAUGGCUGCUACACCUACCAUGGGAAAUACAGAGUUCUGGAAAACUCUCCGAUAUUUAAAUUUAUUGUACCCUUCUCAGGGGCUAAGGAACAUCAUUCUUAUAUCAGAUGGUCACAUUCAGAAUGAGAGCCUAACGUUCCAGCUUGUAAAAAGGAAUGUCCAACACACCAGAUUGUUUACCUGUGGCAUUGGUUCUACAGCAAAUCGUCAUGUCUUAAGGACUUUGUCUCAGUGUGGUGCUGGAGUAUUUGAAUAUUUUAAUUCAAAAUCCAAGCAUAGUUGGAAAAUACAGGUAGAAGACCAAAUGACUAGAUUACACUCUCCGAGUUGCCACUCUGUCUCUGUCAAAUGGCAGCAGCUAAGCACGAAUUCUUCCAAGCCUUUACAGGCACCAGCCCAGGUGCAAUCCUUGUUCCGUAAUGACUGCCUCCUCGUCUAUGGGUUUAUUCCUCAUUGCACACAGGCAACUCUGUGUGCAUUAAUUCAAGAGAAAGAGUUUUGUACAAUGGUAUCAACUACAGAACUUCAGAAGACAACUGGAUAUAUGAUUCACAAACUGACAGCCCGAGCUCUCAUUAGAGAUUUUGAAUACGGCAUUCUCCAUGAAAAUGAAACACAUCACCAGAUGAAGAAACAAAUGUUGAAAUCUCUGAUUAUUAAUAUCAGUAAAGAAUACUCUCUCCUAACACAGUUUACAAGCUUUGUGGCAGUUGAGAAAAGGGAUGAAAAUGAGUCACCUUUUCCUAAAAUUCUAAAUAUUUUGGAACUUAUUGCCAGAGAAGAUGUGGACUUUCUGCCAUAUAUAACUUGGCAGGAGGAACAAUCAGAUGUUAGCAUAACACAGACUGUUUCAGCUACCUCUGAAUGGAAUGAAGAAUUGCAGCACAAACAUUUAACUAAAAGAAAAAUUGAAUUAUGCAAGCUGGAAGUUUCUGAAGAUGUUGACGUGUUUAAUUUAGCUGCACAACUACCAGUACAAGCUUCAACACUCAAUUCUGAAUGUAGACUUAUGGCAAAGCCAUUGGAUUCAUUUGAAAAACCAGAAAUUAAAGCAAAAUUUAGGAAAUAUUUACCCUUAAACAUAAAGCCUAUUCCCAAGCCUUUCAUUUCUUUUGGUGCUGCACCACCCAAACUCCCAGCUGCCCCUCAUAUUGAUUCUGGUUCCCUCUGUGCUCCCAACUCUCCUCAGAGCCCUCUUUUUGGUUCUCUUGCUGGUCUAUCUAAAUAUGACCAAGACCUUGAGACUGACAAUUGUACUGACAUUUCCCUUGAGUUGGAUUUCCCUUCAAGGCUACUUCUCCAGGGGUCACCAUUCAGAUCUCCUGCUGGUCCUCCUUUUUCAGCUGCCUUAUUUGGCUCAACACAACCUAAAAUUGAACAACCUAAAAUUUACCAAGACCAUGAAAUCUCCGGUCGUACUGGCAUUUCCUGUGGAAUAGACUCUCUUCCCAGACCACAUCUUUUUCUCUCUCAUCCUAGAGUUCCUCCUCCUAUUGCAGCUCCAGGUUUUACCUCUCCUCCUCAUUUUCAACAGUCUCUGGUUCCUUUGGGCACCAAUUACAAGCCACCAGUAGGUUUACAUGGGUUUACAAGCAGUGAAUCAACAGUGUCUUUUCAAUCAGAUAUUUCUGCCAGAACUGCAUUAUCAGAUCCUCCCCAAGAUGAUCUUUGGAUUUCUUCAAUUGAUAAAAGUUCUUCUGAAAUGGAAAGUAAUAAACAGCCAGUGCUUCAAGCAAGUAGCUUUUUAAAAAGAGUGGGAAAAUCUGAUGUAACAAAAAAUGACUUAUUCUUAGUCUUUCAUUCACAAGAUGAUAAAAUUUGCAGAAAAAGCUGGAAGAAUUUUGUGCCUUGGACUAAACUUUUCAGUCUACAAACUGAGGAUGGCUUUUGGAAACUUACCCCAGAACUGGGAUUUAUAUUAAACCUUAAUACAAAUUUAUUAAACACCUUUCUUGAACAGAAAGGUAUUCAAUCUCUAGGUGUAAAAGGUCAAGAACGUCUCCUGUCUCUGAUUGCCACAUUUCUGGUACUACAGUUUCUUCACAUCAAGUUGGAAGGAGUGGAAAUAGUCUUCAAAUCACUGAUAAAAUUAGAUGUCACUUCUAUCUCCAGGAAUAUUCCCUGGGCUAUUGAGCAGAUAAAAAGAGCAAGUGAAUGGGUAAGAAGAACUGAAGGACAAUAUCCAUCUAUCUGCCAGCGGCUUGAAUUGGGUAAAGACUGGGACUCUGUCACUAAGCAGCUACUGAGGAUUCAACCCACAAACACCACUUGUCCUCUUCACGGAGUUCUUAAUUGCAGUGAAGGAUGGAUCAAAUGA